GGAAAAUGUAUUACUCCAUCUCACUACAAAGAUGUUGUUGAUGAACGAUCUAUCGUCAAACUGUGUGGUUAUCCUCUAUGUCAAAAUAAACUGGAAAAUGUGCCAAAACAGAAGUACAGAAUUUCAACAAAAACAAACAGAGUUUAUGAUAUCACUGAAAGAAAGUGCUUUUGCAGCAACUUUUGCUAUAGAGCAUCUAAAUAUUUUGAAGCUCAAAUCUCCAGAAGUCCAGUAUGGAUACGAGAAGAAGAGAAACCACCAGACAUAGAGCUGCUGAAGGAGGGACAGAGUGGACAGUCUGGAGAAGAAGUGAAACUAUGUGAUGAAGUAAUUAAAGCUUCUGACAUAGAAAAUCCUAGGAUACCUUCAAAUCCAUGUGAAUCUGGUUCUCAUGACACAGCCAGUGAUAGCAGCAGUGAUACUGAACAAGAAUUUAUUUCUUCUGUCCUACCAGCAAGUCAGUCAAGUUCAGCCAGUUUGGCACAGCAAUUGCCCAGAAACAGUAUCCUCAAAAAGAAGCAUGCUCAGAAAGUCUAUUCCAGCCCUAAAACUGAAGACUCGGGCGUGGCAGAAGCCACCGAACAACUAUCUAACUGUAAAUUAGAUGCUGAGGAAGAAAUGUAUGCUUGCUCUGUUCAUAAUAAAAUAACUGCAACGCCUUCAAAACAUACUACUCUAGGAAAAUCAGGUGCUUCAGAGAAGUAUGAACAUGCCUAUAGUGGUUCGCACAUAGUCUUUCUAGGUGUGAGCAAAAGAGGGGCAGAACAUCUUAAAAGAACACUAUCUAACUCAAAAGAACAUAAAAAAUCUGAACUAAGGGAUCCAGUUAAUUCCAAAGGCAGUUUAUUAGAAGUGCUUAAGCAAACACUUACGGAAUGGAGAACAGAGGAAACUUUAAAAUUUCUCUAUGGUCCAAGCUACACUUCUUCAUGCUCAUCAGAAUGCGUGUCAUCUGCCAACCAGGAGAAUGAAGGACUCGAUGAGGAUGACUUCGAUGCAGCUGAUGAUCUUAACACGGUUGCCGCAGGGCGGUCUGAGAACAAUUUGAACUAUUCGUUACCUUUCACAAGCCCAGGCAGAAUAGUUAAGCCUGUGCCUAGUUACGAGAAGUUAAAAGAAGAAACAGAGUUCCUAGAACUCCGAGUAAAAGAGUUCUAUAAAGGAAAGUGCGUCUUGGCUGAAGAGGUGGGGACACAUGCACAGGAGGAACAUACAAGCAAAGACAAAGAUGAUCAACAUGAAGACCUCACCUUCCCACUUGUUGAUGCGAAUGCACAAAUGCAGAUUAGAAAGCGAAUUGUCCUUGAAAAACUGAGAAAAGCAUUACCUGCAGUUUUGGGACCUCUUGAGAUUACUCCAGGUGAUGUUUACACAGAGCUAAAAAAUCUUGUCAGAACUUUCCGGUUAACAAACAGAAAUAUUAUUCACAAAAUGCCAGAAUGGACUCUCAUUGCUAUUGUUUUGUUAUCUGUAUUGUCACAAAUUACUCCACUUUUCAAGAACACUCGGACGAGCCCAGUGUACACGCAGUUCCUAACUACAUUGCUGGAAGAACUGCAUUUCAAAAAUGAAGACCUGGAAAGUUUAACGAGAAUAUUUAGGAAGGACUGCCUACUUGAAUGGUCAGUCAGUUUUUAG